AUGUUGCUGGGGAACCUACUUGCUUUUGGGUCACUGGGUCACUGCCUGACCGUGCAUCAGAAGAAGCCGGUCUGGGAAACACUCCCACCAACACCAAACUUGCCAGCCCCAAUCAACACCAAGACUACUUUGAUCAAUGGAGUUCACCUUUGGAUGCAAGAAUACAACAAGAAGGCCGGUGGAAUCCCUAUCGUUCUUGACCACGGUGGCCUUGGCUACUCGGCGUAUUUUGGAUCUGUCAUCUCUCGCCUGAUCAACAAUGGACACUAUGUGAUUGCCGUUGACCGCCGAGGCCAUGGCCGGUCUACGUUCAACAAAGACGACGUUUUCACGUUUGAUCAGUUUGCCAAAGACAUUGACGAUCAACUCAAAGCCGCUGGCGUCAACGAGUACAACGUGGUGGGUUGGUCUGAUGGCGCUAUAACGACACUGUCUGCCCUUCUCAACCCAGUCACAGCAGCACCCAUCAAAAAGGCUUUCAUCUUCGGGACUACCGCCAACCCUGAGCAAAGCAACGCAACCUUUUCAGACACGGCUAUCUUUUCCGAGUUUGUCUCUCGAUGUCGCACAGAAUACGCUCAGCUGCAGCCAAGCGCCAACUUCACAGUGUUUGGCAGCAAAGUCGUCACUUUGGAGGCGACACUUCCCCAAUUCACCGAUGAGCAGCUAGGAUCUAUUGACGGGAAGAAGGUCAUUGUCGUUGGCGCGGAGCAUGAGGAAGCGGUUAAUUUGGAUGUGCCUGCGAAGCUGCACAAUGCCAUCAAGGGCAGCAAGUUGCGGAUUCUGACUGGCGUGAGCCACUUUGCGCCGUUACAGGAUCCCGAUCAGUAUACGGCGGCCAUAGAGGAAUUCAUUUAUUCCUAA